UUACCGCGUCUCCGGAAGCACCUGACCGUACUCAAAGUAUUAAACUCCAGUUCCCAGGAGGAGGUGUGUGUUAGGAACGUGAGGGUUCUUCCUAACUUCAACGCGUCCUACCUCCCCAUGAUGCCUGAUGGCUCUGUACUCCUAGUGGACAAUGUCUGCCACCAAUCAGCGGAGGUUACCAUGGCAUCAUUCCACAGAAUGAACAGUAGCUCCUCCCACCUUCCCAGCAUGCUCUCUGCCCUGGAGGAGCAGAACUUCCUGUUUCAGCUGCAGCUCAGAGACCAGCCAGAGGAAGAGUCCAGCGAGGGUCUGGAGGUUCCAUUGGUGGCUGUGCUGCAAUGGUCUACCUCUAAGCUUCCAUUUACCAGGUACAUUUCGACCCACUACCAGCUACCCAGCGUGAGACUGGACCGCCCCCGUUUGGUGAUGACAGCUUCCUGUCAGAGUGCCGUGAGGCCGCAGGAGCACUUCCGGGUCAAAUACACCCUCCUCAACAACCUGCAGGACUUCCUGGCUGUACGCCUGGUCUGGACACCUGAAGGUCGUGGUCGGCAGGAGGACCCGUCAGCGAGUUCUGUGGUGUGUCACUCCCCCCUCAACAACUUGGGACAGUGUCGAAAAGGAUCCACCCUCUCCUUCACAGUUGCCUUCCAGAUUCUCAAGGCAGGACUGUUUGAGUUAAGCCAGCACAUGAAGCUGAAGCUCCAGUUCACAGCGUCCUGUUCCAACCCCCCUGCUGAGGCCAGAGCCAUGUCUCUGUCUCUGUCCCGUAACAACUCUCCCUCCAGCCCUGCAGUUAGAGACCUGCUGGACAGACAGAGUCUGGGACGGUCACAGAGUUUCUCUCACCAACAACCCUCACGGUCACAUCUUAUGAGGACGGGCAGUGUUAUGGAGCGCCGGGCCAUCACUCCCCCGGUGGGAUCUCCAGUGGGUCGACCCCUCUACCUUCCCCCCGAACGCCCCGUCCUCUCACUGGAUAAGAUCGCCAAGAGAGAGUGUAAGGUAUUGGUACUGGAACUUGGAAGAGACUGGGAGAGCGAGGGAGGGAGGGUUGGAGGAAUGAGGUAGAGAGGUAGAGAGGUAGAGAGGAAAUAAGAGAUGUAAUGGGAGAUUUAGAGGAAGAGUGGGGGGAGAACAUUUUUCAUUGAGCAUUUCAUCCAACCUGAAACAAAAUGCAAAAACUGGUUCACACAAAAAUACAGACCACAGUCACCACACUGAAUGACUUACUCUACAUGACCCACAUCAUUUCAAGACACCGGAGAAGUUACUUUCAACACAAUUCUUUUUCUUUUUUUACUAUUAUUUCAACAUUCUGUUUUAUUCCUUGUUUUAUGUCUUGGUGUGUACUUAAAUAUGUAAAUAACUGUUUUAGACAAAAAAACAUCGGGUGGCGAGCUAGAUCUGCAGUAAUAUUUGGGCUGCCAUUUAACGUGAAAUUCACAGGGUUUGGUUAAUUAAUAGACUUAAUACAUUGUCUAACUAACACUAUUAAGUGUUCUCUAACACUGUUCUGCAUGCGACAUGUUUGAUGUAAAACUUUGGAUGUUAAAGCUAGAGUCCUUGAGUCAAGCAAUAACAAGCAGUCACCCCGCCUCUGUUUUUGUAAAAAUCUUUGGGAUAGGCCUGGAGUGAUGUAACCACUGUCAUAGACAGAGCUAUGGAUGCAAAGACUGACCUUCCAUGAUAUCAAAAUUAUUAUUUUAGCCAUGUUUUGAAGG